CAGUCAGUGAUCACUGGUCACUGGCUAUAAUUUAGUCUUUCCGUGCACGAGACUACCCUUUGUUGAGUUGGACAUCAGAUUUGAAUACCCCUAGAAACAACGCAAUUCACCAAUUUGGGUUCAAAAAAGCACUGCUUUCUCCAAUUCGUCUCCUACGACUGGAGCAAUAUGAGCACCAUAACUACAGAUGCAACAAUGGUGGAAUUUCUACAUUUAAACAACCACCACUCUCGCCCAUUUCUCAGUACCCAAAACUGUUACUCCAACCCGACUUUCUCUCAUCUUCGUCGGCGUCGCCCCUUCCAGAAAACCUCGCUAUCUCAUUUUGUCUCUCCUCCAAAACCACUCUUAGUAGUACUACCCUUGUCAGUUGCCACACAUGCUUUACUCUCUCCUGCGGCCACGCUUUCCCAGGAUGUCGGAGCUGCCGCUUUCGCGCUCGGUGGCGGUUAUGGUUUAGUUUCGGCCUUUGAUUAUCUCACCGACCGCAACAUCAUCUCCAAGAAAUUGAGUAGAAAGCUAGUCCAUAUAUUUUCUGGGUUGCUUUUUGUGGCUUCUUGGCCUCUUUUCAGCACCUCAUCAGAAGCUCGGUAUUUUGCGUCUCUUGCACCGCUUGCAAACUGUUUGAGACUUGUAGUCUAUGGACUCUCACUCGCUACAGAUGAAGGCCUCAUCAAAUCUGUUACUCGAGAAGGAAAACCAGAGGAAUUGCUAACAGGUCCAUUAUACUAUGUUCUAACAUUAGCAGUCUGUGCCAUUGUCUUCUGGCGUGAAUCUCCAGUUGGCCUAUUGUCGCUGGCAAUGAUGUGUGGUGGUGAUGGUGUUGCUGAUAUCAUGGGAAGAAAAUUUGGGCAUGUGAAGUUACCCUAUAAUCAGAAAAAGAGUUGGGCUGGUAGCAUUUCUAUGUUUGCGUUUGGUUUCUUGAUAUCCAUUGGAAUGCUUUACUACUAUUCGGCUCUGGGGUACUUCCAGUUGGAUUGGAAUAUAACCACAAUAAGGGUUGCUGUGGUAUGUUUUAUAGCAACAAUUGUUGAGUCGCUUCCAACAACAGAGAUAAUAGAUGAUAACAUUUCAGUCCCUUUGGUGACCCUGCUUACCGCGUACAUAUGUUUCCAGUUGUAGCUAUGGUCUGAAAUCUGUCUGUAUUUUAUGUCGAUCUGUGGCUGUAAUUAGUUUCCAGCCUUGAGUAGUCCCACUGUUGAUGCCUGUACGGCUGAACAAACCUUCUUGGUGCAAGAAACUGAAAAUCUGAAAUGGAAUGAAUUGAAACUUGAAAGAUAA